AUGAAUCAUCAGAGGGUAACCGUCGCUCUCUCGCGCGUUAGGUACGGCAUGCGCGUGAUUGGAGCUUUCCAGCUAUUGCAGCAGCAAGGCGCAAGGUGUGCCUUAUCGACACAGCGAUGCAGCUCACCCGGAUUUGCUACGCAUGAUUCCGAGGCGGAUAUGGCAUCGCUCGAUGUUCUAUAUGGAAGAUCCAAUGAAGUGUUGGGCAGGGAUCAACUAUCGUGA